UACGUAGAAGCGUAGUUCAAUAAGAUGUUUACUUUAGUUGCCAAACGUCAGGGGAUGAGGUUAUUUUGAAGUUCGUUUAUGACUGAUAAAAAUAUUCAGCGAAUGUGCAAAUACGGUUAAUAUAAUUUACAACGUUUUGUAAUGAGGUUAUUGCUCAGAAUUCGGAGGACCGCCGAUAUUUAACUGUAGUGCAUUAGGGCAAAUAUGACCACUCCCGGGCACUUAAUAAAUAAUGCUGUAGCCGCUGCCAAGACGGCAGUGAAAUUUGAUGAGGAAGGACAGUUUGAACCUUCCGCGUAUUAUUAUGAAGCGGCAGCUGUGUUAUUGGACCAAGCCGCUCAAGUUACAGAGGAUGGUAAUUCAAGUUCCUUAAAACAAAGGGCAUGGGAAUAUAGAAAUAGGUCAAUUGAGCUGAAAAAAAAAUCGAAUGUGUGUUCCAAGCUUCUCGAAGAAGAUGAAAAUAAAAAGAUAGUUAGACAAAGCUAUUUUUUGCUGCAGCAAGCUAUUGAAGAAGAUGAGCAAGGUGAUAAGGAGGAUGCUAUUGAAUUAUAUGCAAAAGCUGUUGAGUACAUUACUAAAUUUCCUGAGUUGAUGAAAGGAGAAUUGAAAGCAAUGGCACUACAAGCUUUGGAGAGAGCAGAGCUACUAAAAGGAAUAAAACAGGAAACUAUACCCCCAACUGAUAUUGUUCCACCUCUCAUUUCUAAUGUUAAAGUGACAACUUCUAGUUCAGUAAAAAAUCAUCCAACUUUACAUCGAGGCACUAGUGUGCAUCUUCAAGUAAGCGGGCAAGAUAUUUAUAGUGAAAAUGAAAAGGCUGUAUUAUUGCACACUUCAAAAAUUAAUGGUAGAGAUUAUGUGCCUUUCAUGAUAGUCGAUUUGAAAGAAAGAUUUCAAUAUUCAAUACCAUUCACUGACAAAGAUGGGGAACUUGAACUUGCUCCAAAACAAAAACGGGAAUUUUAUAAGUGGGCCAGACCUGAACAACUUUGCUCAGACCCUUGCAUAGUGAAUGGCAAUGCUCCAAAUUACCUCAAUAUCAAACAGACUGUUAUUUCUGAUUGUUCAUUUGUAGCCAGCUUAGCUGUAAGUGCCUUGUAUGAAGCUAGAUUUGGGCGAAAGUUGGUGACUGCCGUUGUUUAUCCCCAGUCCCGAGAUAGAAAACCAAUCUAUAAUCCUUUUGGCAAGUAUAUGAUAAAAUUACACAUUAAUGGAAUACCUCGAAAAGUUAUAAUAGACGAUAAUUUACCAAUUGAUCGACAUGGUAGGCUGCUAUGUUCAUACUCAAGUAAUAAGAACGAAUUUUGGAUUUCAUUGUUAGAGAAAGCUUAUAUGAAGGUGAUGGGAGGGUACGAUUUUCCUGGAAGCAAUAGUAAUAUAGAUCUCCAUGCUUUGACUGGUUGGAUUCCAGAAAGAGUUGGUAUUAGGCUUAAAGAAGCUGAUUUUAAUAAGGAUUCCCUUUUUACCACUUUGGAGUCAAGACUAGCCAAAGGUGAUGUUUUGGUUACAGUGGCUACUGGGGAAUUAUCUGAUGCUGAUGCGGAGAGAAGUGGCUUGGUCGCCACUCACGCUUACGCAGUGAUGGAUGUCAGAACGGUGAAUGGGGUGAGACUUUUGAAGUUAAAAAAUCCUUGGUCACAUUUGAGAUGGCGGGGUAACUAUUCAGAGCUGGAUACGUACCACUGGACUCCUGACCUUCAAAAACUACUGAACUAUGAUCCAAAUAGUGCGGCCCAGUUUGACAACGGCGUAUUCUGGAUAGACUUCGAUAGCGUGUUGAGAUUCUUUGACGUGUUUUACAUGAAUUGGAACCCGGAGCUGUUUAAAUUCACAUAUUGCAUCCAUCAGAUGUGGCACGCGGGCACUGGUCCCGUUAAAGACCUCUACACUUGCGCUUCAAACCCUCAGUUCUCCCUCAAUGUUCAAUCCGAUGGUGCAGGGGCCGUGUGGAUUUUAUUAAGUAGACAUAUUACUGAUAUUGAGGAUUUUCGAAAUAAUAAAGAAUUUAUAACUGUUUUUGUUUAUAAAAGUGGGAAGAAGGUUUAUUAUCCAUACGACCCACCUCCUUAUAUUGACGGAGUCAAAAUCAACAGCCCUCACUAUUUAUGCAAGAUUAUUCUGGGUCCCGAAAGCAGCAGAAAUUUUACAAUUGUUAUUUCGCAGUACGAAAAGUGCACCACUAUUUAUUAUACUUUGCGAGCAUAUGCCACCUGCCCUUUUCAACUAUCAGAACUUGAGGAUCCCUAUGUAGAACAGAAAGAGGUCACGGGUGAGUGGAAGGGACCCACGGCCGGUGGUUGUCCCAACCAUCCUGCCAGUUACCCCAACAAUCCCAAGUUUAGAAUAAAUAUUGAUUCGGUAUCUGAUAACAAUCAUCUCUUAAUAGAAUUAAAAGGUCCGAAACAGUACCAGAUUGGACUGGAAGCCGUUAUAAGACAAGUUAACGAUGAGAACAUUACCGCCCCUUUUAGAUCCAAGUCUUCAGGGCCAUACAGAUCGGGUUACGUCGUGUUGGAAUUAUCUAACUUGCCCUCGGGUGUUGUGGAUAUUAUCCCUUCCACGUUCUUGCCGCAGCAGGAAGGACCGUUCAUACUUAAUGUCAAGGCUUCCUGCCAAUUUAAAUUGUCGAGGGCAUAAAUCGAUUUUUCGUUAUGAAGUUACAUUUGUUAUAUAGAUUA